AUGUGGUUCAUUAGAAAGCCCAAUAAUAUUAGUGAAGAAUUUUGGACCAAAGAAAUGGUCUCUCUUCCGGCGACGGACUUAACAGCGAAGAGAUGUCGAACAAACUUUAACGGAGUUCAUCACCCUGUUGUUGAUUUUUGGCGGCGAGAAGUCGGCGGAAUUUCCUCUCGUAAUUUCUCCAAUCGCUUCUCCGGCUCCGAGAAUCUGGUUCUGCGUCUAGAGAUACACCGGAAGCUAGUGAAGCACAAAGGUUGUGUGAACACAGUGAGCUUCAACGCCGAAGGAGAUGUUCUGGUUUCGGGUUCUGAUGAUCGGCGAGUCAUCCUUUGGGAUUGGCAGCUCGGGAAAGUCAAGCUUUCGUUCCACUCAGGACACGCUAAUAACGUGUUUCAGGCCAAGUUUAUGCCUUUCUCCGACGAUCGAACCAUCGUCACCUGUGCUGCAGAUGGAAUGGUUCGGCGUGCAAGUAUUCUUGAGAGUGGGAAAGUGGAGACGUCGUUGUUGGGAUCGCAUCAAGGACGAGCUCAUAAGCUUUGUAUCGAGCCAGGGAACCCUCAUAUAUUCUACACAUGUGGUGAAGACGGAUUAGUGCAACGCUUUGAUCUGAGGACUGAAGCCCCUACAGAACUACUGACAUGUCACUCAGUUGAUCCUAGGAGGAGGAACAUGGAAGCCACACAGCUAAACGCAAUCGCGAUCGACCCGAGGAACUCCAACCUCUUUGCUGUCGGUGGGAUGGACGAGUACGCUCGUCUCUACGAUAUCCGUAGGUUUCAGGGAGAAGGUUUAAACGGUUUCAGCCGAGCUGCAGAUCAUUUCUGCCCUCCGCACCUUGUCGGCAAUGAACAAGUUGGAAUAACAGGCUUGGCCUUCUCAGAGCAAAGCGAGCUCCUCGUUUCAUACAACGACGAGUUCAUCUACAUGUUCACACGCGAUAUGGGACUAGGCUCUAACCCUAUCCCAUCCUCUCCAGUGUCCAAGCGUAGUGGAUCAAAGUCAGAAUCAGCUUCUUCUCCGAAAGAUGGUGGCAAACGUUCUGUUCCUAUGGUUUACAAGGGGCACAAGAACUGUGAGACGGUUAAAGGUGUGAAUUUUUUCGGACCUUGGUCUGAGUAUGUGGUUAGUGGGUCAGACUGUGGUCGGAUUUUUAUUUGGAAGAAGAAAAGUGGAGAGCUUUUACGUGUUAUGGAAGCGGAUAGGGAUGUGGUUAACUGUAUCGAGCCUCAUCCGCAUGUACCAGUGCUUGCUAGCAGCGGAAUCGAAAGCGACAUCAAGGUGUGGACCUCAAAGGCAGCUGAGAGAGCUACGUUGCCUGCCAACAUCGAACUGCGGAAGCGAACGCCUAGGGGGUGGAUGUAUGGUGUGUCUUCACCGCGGGAGCUAUUGGCACAACUCUUCUCGCUGCAGAACCGAAGAAUGAGUCCAGAUAGAGAAGGAGAAUCAUCUUCGUCCACUGGAAGAGAGCUUCUUGAUCUUAUACUCACCUUCAAUGAUGAGAGCGAUGGUGAAGAUGAGAGACCUCCUUUACAAGAAUUUAUUAAUGACGUCAUUGUCGGACUGUUUCCAGUUCAAUUUCCAGUACUCAUGGCUGCAACUCUUUUGCCUCGAGGCUACGCGUGCAAGUGUGUUUCUUCUGAGGAUCACCAGACGACGGAGAAGUCAAAUGGGAAACGGAAUCUCGUAUUCGACCGGAGAUUCUCGAAAUUAUCCCGUCUGGUUCUUCGGCAACAACGAAAGCUAACUAAGCUCAACGAUCCUGCGGUCAAGCGCGCGCUUCGCAAUUUCGCCGAUUCAGGCCUCAUGGAGGAUGCACUCCAGCUGUUCGAUGAAAUGAACAAAGCAGAUGCUUUCGUGUGGAAUGUGAUGAUCAGAGGAAUCAAAGCCGAUUCCUUUACUUAUCCGUUCGUGAUUAAGUCGGUCGCCGGAGUUUCGUCGUUGGCAGAUGGGAAGAAGGUUCACGCGAUGGUGAUAAAGCUUGGUCCAAAAAUGGGAAAGGAGAUACAUUGUCACGCAAUUCGAAGUAGAAUCGAGACUGGCGAUGUUAUGGUACUGACAUCAAUUCUCGACAUGUACAGUAAAUAUGGUGAAGUGAUUUAUGCAGAGAGGAUGUUUAAGGGUAUGAUCCAGAGAAAUAUCGUAGCCUGGAACGUUAUGAUCGGGUGUUAUGCUAGAUAUGGCCGAGUCACUGAUGCUUUUCCCUGUUUUCAGAAAAUGUCAGAGGCCAAUGGGUUGAAGCCAGAUGUUAUCACAUUGAUAAAUCUGCUUCCUGCUUGUGAGAUCUUGGAAGGUAUUAUCUCGAGGAUGAUUGGUGAAGACAGUUAUGAUCACUGUGUUUGA